GUUUCUUUGCGUAGCAACAAGGCGGUGACGUCACGUGCUUUGUCAGUCGCCCCUGCUCCGUCGAGGCUGGACGAGCUGUAGCCGAUAAUCGGACUCCUUUUCCCGGGUGAAGAUGGCCGCGGGUCCCCUCUCUGUGUCGUCCAACGCGUCCACCAACAACGAUGGCAUCCUCAUCGGGGAUAAAGUUUACUCGGAAGUGUACCUCACCAUCGACAACUCGCUCAUCCCGGAGGAGACUCUGUCCCCGACGCCGUCCAUGGUCGACGGCCUCGACCUGAGCACAGAGACCGACCUCCGCAUCCUCGGCUGUGAGCUGAUCCAGUCCGCCGGCAUCCUCCUCCGGCUCCCCCAGGUGGCCAUGGCAACGGGGCAAGUGCUGUUCCAUCGGUUCUUCUACUCCAAGUCCUUCGUCAAGCACAGCUUUGAGAUUGUUGCUAUGGCUUGUAUCAACUUGGCCUCCAAAAUUGAGGAAGCACCAAGACGAAUACGAGACGUCAUAAACGUUUUUCACCAUCUGAGACAGAUCAGAGGCAAAAAGACUGCAAGUUCAUUGAUACUUGAUCAGAACUACAUAAAUACCAAAAACCAAGUCAUCAAAGCAGAGCGGCGGGUCCUGAAGGAGCUGGGCUUCUGUGUGCAUGUCAAGCAUCCUCACAAGAUCAUCGUCAUGUACCUCCAGGUCCUUGAAUGUGAGAAGAACCAGACAUUGGUCCAGACGGCCUGGAACUACAUGAAUGACACCCUAAGGACGAAUGUGUUUGUGAGAUUCCAAGCCGAGACCAUUGCCUGCGCCUGCAUAUUCCUCGCUGCUCGAGCUCUGCAGAUACCUCUGCCAUCCAGACCGAACUGGUACCUGCUGUUUGGAGCCAGUGAGGAUGAGGUUAAAGAGGUCUGCAUCACCACCCUCAAGCUCUACACCAGGAAGAAGCCCAACUAUGACCACCUGGAGAAGGAGGUGGAGCGAAGGAAGGUGUUCUUGGCUGAGGUCAAGCUGAAAGCUAAAGGCCUGAACCCGGAUGGAACCCCUGCGUUGUUGACGAUGGGCGGCUUCUCUCCUGCUUCCAAGCCCUGUUCCCCAAAUGUGGCAAAGGUGGAGGAGAAGUCCCCAAACCCCCAGACCCUGAAACCAGUGAAGAAGGAGUCAGAGAGCCGGACUCAGGUCAACAAGAGUCCACACAACGGCUUAAGGAAAGACAUGAAGAUCGGGAGGAACAGCAGGAGCGGAAGUCGAUCUCGAUCAAGAACACGUUCCAGGUCUAGAUCCCGCUCCGCUCGCAGACAUUACAACAGCAGACGCAGUCGCUCAGGGACAUACAGUUCUCGCUCACGCUCUCGCUCUCACAGUCGUAGUCCAUCGCCUCGGCGCCAUCCGCCCUCACCCCUCCUCCCCCACCUCAAGACCAAGUCAAGCCACCAUAGCAACAGCGACUCCAAGCCCAGCAGUCGCCACAGCAACAGCGGAGGCGGAGGAACCGUUCACAAGAGGAAGCGCACGCGUUCUCGGUCACGAUCUCGCUCUCCAGUCAAAGUGGACCGGGAACGGGACAGAGAGAGGGAACGGGAGAGAGACAGAGACCGCAGCUCCUUUGACCUCUCCACAAAGAAACACAAGCACGAGCGAGGAGGAGGCCAUCGGGGAGACCGGAGGGAGAGGGAGAGGUCUCGGUCCUACGACAGGGACAGGGAGAGGGAGCGCGGCCACAAGAGCAAACACCACAGCAGUAGUGGGCACUCAGGACAUAGCCGCCACCGCCGCUGAGACGACACGCAUACACACAACCCCCCCACCUCCACCCACACACACCAACGGGCUCUGGGACUGACGGUCACCGAAGUAUUUUCAGUAAACUCAAAACAUGAUCAGGUUUGGCGUGUUCUCGGAAUGCAGUGUGGCUCCUAGUCGUCUCAUUUAAUGAAGUCACAUCUUGCAAAUUCUUCUAAAGGAAGACUCAAUGGUUCCACUUAAACUGUUAUGGAAGUAAAACAAAUAUCUGCAAUCUGUUAGAUGACAUUGCUGACAUGUCAAAGCCAAAUGCUGUACCUCUGCCAUGCUUGAGAGAACACGUCAAGUUUGUUUUCAUUUUGGGUCUAUGACCAGCCUAAUGCCAACAUAGUUGGAUUUCUGGGUUUCUCGCAUGCAUCCUAAUAAUGACCAUUUAAACAAUUUCAGUUACAGGAAUGUUGAUUUACCUCAACCUUUUAAUUUUGUUGGCCUAAGUCAAGUAACAAAAUGUUUCGUUUUUUUUAAAAUGUAGUUUUGCCUCAUCUGUGGCAUUAUGGAAACAAUUUUUGAAAUUGCCUAAAUCCUACACAUGCCUUCUGCAUUUACACAUUUCUGGGUGACAGAAUACUCAUCCACACUUGUAGCUGAUAUUUUGCAGAGGUGGUUGAUGUGUUUUUUAUAGAUUGGAAGUGUGUGUCUGAGGAACCCAGGCUCUAGCAAUAUCUACCAGCAUUAAGUGGACUAUUUGUAGGUUUAUUUACUUUUGUUUUCACCCAGAUCAGAGACAUGAUCAGUGGUUGAGCGAAGGCAACGAUGCAGAAUGACCAAUCAGUCCCAGACCUGUUGUCCUGUCCUCUCCAACUAUACGUUUUUCUUCAUUUUUUCCCAUGAUACCUCCACCCUGCGCACCACAACCAUCUCUCUAGCCUACCCUUAUGUUCUUAGUUUUACAUGUAAAGUUAUGGACUUUGGGAAAACAAAACUUAUUUACAGUGUAAAGAUGGAUCGAUAUCUGCUGACAAAAUGUGAACGCUUUGAUUUAUAAAAGCGAACCGCUCAGUGGAACCAUUGAAUGAACAAAUGUAAAAUAGAAAGCGAUCAUUCAGGAAGAUCAGUAUGUUUGCACAUUAAGGGACAGGUGGGCGAGUGGUUUUUGUUUCCAUCUUAAUUUUUUUGACAAAUGUAUGUUGCUAAAGCUGUGUUUUGUACAGUUUCAAAAAAGCUGACUUGUUAUAGACUUUGUUUUUCCUUAUUUUUCUUUUUUUUACAGCAGGGGAUGCAGUAGUUUAAGUUUAGAAUCGUCAAUUUGUUACACUGGUUUUUAGUCUGCACGUGUUCAUGUCCAAUUUUUAUUCAAUAAUAAAUGAGUUAUGCCACUGAA